AUGGAUACAAUAUGGUCAUAUGGUUUUGGUCUUGACACAGUUAUUGGCUUCGACAUAUUUUUCCAUUUACAACAAAAAUUUAUUGAUGAAGAACCAUCUAAAUGGAUUGUAAAACAGGCAUAUCAAUUGAUUGAUAAACAUGAAAAAGUUGGUCAAACUAAUCGAACUGAUUUAAUGCAAUUAAUGCUUGGAUCAGCAUCAAAAGAUGAUGUUAUACAAAAUGAAACACUUAUUGAGGCACCAAUUAUUCGUAAACUAACCAUAUCUGAAAUCGCUUUGAAUAUUUAUCUAUUUAUGGUUGCUGAUUAUGAAACAACAAGUACUACAUUUGCUCAUGUUUCUUAUGUUCUUGCAACUCAUCCAAAUGAACAACAUUAA